UGUCAAGACAACAUCCUUCAGUCCUGGACAGAGAGAGACUUGGAAAACUACACUGACAACAUGCUCUCCAAAGUACAGAGAUCCUUCCGACCCUGGAGCACCCUGUCUGUGGUCAGAGGCCUCCACAAAUCUGCCCUAGACGUGGUUCCGCGUCCCACCUCCGAGGAAACUGUGACCAGCAGCUUUGGCAGGUUCAUCCAGAGCGUGCAGCCGAGGCAUCUGUCACCAAAAGUGCUCCAGCGCAGCAAACGCAUGGUGCUGGACAGCAUUGGUGUGGGGCUGCUGGGUAGCACCACUGAAGUCUUUGAUCUUGCCCUCCAGCACUGCAAGCACAUGUAUGCCCUUGAUGACAUCAGCUUUGUCUACGGCCGCAGUGGCACCAAGCUGUCCCCAGUCCUGGCUGCUUUUGUUAACGGAGUAGCGGCUCAUUCAAUGGACUUUGAUGACACCUGGCAUCCUGCAACUCACCCCUCUGGAGCAGUGCUUCCUGCCCUCCUCGCAAUUUGUGACAUGCUUCCCAGCAACAGCAAGCCGAGUGGUCUAGACCUGCUGAUGGCCUUCAACGUGGGCAUUGAGAUUCAGGGUCGCCUGAUGAGGUUCUCCAACGAGGCCCACAACAUUCCCAAGAGGUUUCACCCCCCAAGUGUCGUAGGAACAAUGGGCAGUGCUGCCGCCUCUGCCCGCCUUCUUUCCCUGGACCGUUCACAGUGCAGUCAUGCCUUGGCCAUUGCUGCCUCCUUAGCAGGUGCCCCAAUGGCUAAUGCAGCCACUCAGUCCAAGCCCCUUCACAUAGGCAAUGCCUCCCGCCUGGGGCUUGAAGCCGCCCUUCUGGCCUCCCGUGGGCUUGAGGCAAGCCCCCUGGUCCUGGAUGCAGUGCCAGGGGUCGCUGGCUUCAGCGCUUUCUAUGAAGACUAUGCCCCUCGCCCACUGGGUUAUCCUGAGGAGGAGGAGCACAGCUUCCUUCUAGAUGAGCAGGACAUGGCCUUCAAGCGAUUCCCAGCCCACCUCGGCAUGCACUGGGUAGCCGAUGCUGCUGCCGUCAUCCAUAAGACCUUAGUGGGCUUCUCCAUGGGAAGCAUCUCCCCAAGCAUGGUGCAGGACAUCCUGCUCAGGGUCCCACAGUCCAAGUAUAUCAACCGACCCUUCCCAGAGUCGGAGCACCAGGCGCGCCAUUCCUUCCAGUUCAAUGCCUGCACUGCCCUGCUGGAUGGGGAAGUGACGGUCCAGUCCUUCCAGCCUGAGGCACUCUUGCGGCCUGAGCUCCACGCCCUACUGUCCCGCGUCCGAGUGGAGCACCCCAAGGACAACCCAGCCAACUUCGACCGCAUGUAUGGCGAGGUGGAGGUGACUCUGGUGAAUGGAGAUGUGCUCAGAGGCCGCUGUGAUACCUUCUACGGCCACUGGAGGAACCCUCUCAGCAAUGAGAGCCUGUGCAAGAAGUUCCGCAACAACGCCGGUGCAGUGCUGAUCCCAGAGAAGGUGGAUGCACUCGUGGAGGCAGUGGAUGGGCUGGAGUACCUGACCAACCUCAAACCGCUUCUGGCUCAGCUGCAGUAAACAGCUUAGCAACACCAGUCUUUUUGUUUUUGUUUACUUUAUAUUGAAGGACUUCUAUCGUGUUCACCUCCCAAAUAUUUAGAUAAACUGAAUUUACAGUUAUUAUCAACUGUAACCACAAACAUACAAAUUGAGAGCCAGCAGCUGUGUGAAGUACAGACCUGUUUUUUUACUGGAAAAGUGCAAAGAAAUGUAAAUAUGACUUGAUUACCUUUUGUAUUCAAUA